AUGGCGCGCGGCGUGGCUGCGGCGAAGGGCGGCGGGGCCGCGGGCAAGAAGAAGGGGUCGGUCGCCUUCACGAUCGACUGCACCAAGCCCGUGGAGGACAAGAUCAUGGAGAUCGCCUCGCUCGAGAAGUUCCUGCAGGAGCGCAUCAAGGUCGCUGGCGGCAAGGCCGGUAGCCUCGGCGACUCCGUCACCAUCUCCCGCGAGAAGACGAAGGUCACCGUCACCUCCGACGGGCCCUUCUCCAAGAGGUACCUGAAGUACUUGACCAAGAAGUACUUGAAGAAGCAUAACGUGAGGGAUUGGCUACGCGUGAUUGCAGCCAACAAGGACCGCAGUGUCUAUGAGCUCCGGUACUUCAACAUCGCCGAGAAUGAGGGCGAGGAAGAAGAUUAG